AUGGCGCUGGACGAUUUGUCGCUGCACGAUAUUAAAGCGGUCGCUGAACAAGUGUAUUCGACUUGCGCUGUGCUGCUGCAUAAGCCGUUCGUUCGGUACGAGCACUGCUGUGACAAUCCCGAGCUGGACGAAUUCUUGGACUGCUCUGCUUGUCAACAGUCCGCAUUCGCAUACCAAACUGUGGCCCGACUAGUGGAAAAAUUAUGUCCCAAGCAGCAGCUUCGAAUACUGGUUCAUGCUGAUGAGCCGACAAUAAACUGGGAAAUGCAGCUUGCUGAUGUGGUGUCGCAGAAAUCACCGGCGGAUAAAUCGGCAUCUCCGGCUACGGUUUCGGUCUCGGAUACUCUCUCACCAUCAAUAACUCAAAAAUCAGCGACAUCACAGCCAGCUGUUGGGCUUCAGUUUCAGACUGCCACUGUCCAGGAAGAAAGUAUCGAAUUUGUUGGUCUGCUGCCCAGCGAAGAGGUUUCUGCACUGUGUUUUUGUUAUCGUCGGGAAAUAUUUGAACUUUUUUAA